AUGUCUUUUUUACGUGCCUUUCUGUCUCACUUUUUCUUUUUAUUUGACGACACUUUUGUCUCUACUCCCCCCUCUUUUUUUUUUUCUUUCUGUUUCUGCCUGUUUCCUCCCCUCCCCUCCCUCCACCUCCUCACAUUCCGGAGGUUGCCAGUUACUGGCGCGGAGGAAAUGAAUGGUAACUUUGUUUUUAAUGGCAGGAGUCGCCCGACGCAUCUCUCUUUGUCUCGCGACCACCAGCCUUCGAAGGAUGCGAUUCUCGCCGAGACUCGGAAAAAGCGUGAGCGGCGCGAGAUCAAUCGCGUGCAGCAGCAAGCGGCUUUGCGCAUACAGCGGAAAGCACGCCUGUGGCUGAGCCGAAUGUCACUUGCUGAUCUUGCGUUUAAUUUGUUUCAAUCCGUCCGGGAUGAAUCGCAGAAAACACCGGGAAGGCGUUUGGAGCGCUUCUGUUGGGACUUUGAGUUCUUCUGUCGUGGUAAACGCCGUGGAUUUGAUCAUAAUUCUCGCCGGAUGAUGUGCACACAGGUAGUUUUGCAGCAACUGAGACGCAGCAUCCGUGCGGGUAGUGUGAGGGAGGAGUUGUUUGGGUGUCAACAUGGGCUUGACUUACUGGCCCGCCUGAUAUUCGAGGAGUACGCCAGGCCGCCCGUUAACGCGGAA